AUGUCAAUAAAACAAAAGUUUACACUUAAUCACACAUUAAAGAACAAUAUAAGAUCAUUUUAUCUUGAUGGACAUUUCUUCGAUUGCACUUUAGUAUCAGGAACUUCAACGCUACAAGUUCAUAAAAUAUUUUUAACAAAUUUAAGUGAAUGGUUUGAAGAAAAAUUCCUUGAAUGCUCAGAUUCAAUGAAAAUGACAACACUCCAGAUAACAAUGGAUCCACAAAAUUUACUUUUUUCUUUCAUCGAUUCAAUUUACAAAGGAAAACUUGUAUUAAAUAGUGAAAACUAUGCCGCCUAUCUAAAAUGCGCAGUGUACUAUAAAUUUAAUUCAAUAAUUCAGCAAAUUGAAGAUUUUAUUAUGAAGAAAAUCGUAUUUUUGGAUGCAACUAAGGAAUUAUGCAAUUUUCAACUGAACGAACAACUAAUUAGGAUGAAAUUUAACGGAAAAGAUUCAUUGCGCCUUAUUCUCGAUGAAUUUACAAAUGCAACAAAUAAAACAAAGAUUUACGACAUUCUUUCAGCUACAAUAUUCGCAAAUAUUCUUAGAAUAUCCAAAUACAGCGACGAUGAAAAGGUUGCAUUGAUUGAUGAGUUUGUUAUUUAUAAAAAACUUGAAGAUUCACUUUCUGAGCAAGAAAAGAAUCAUUUUGCUUCUGUUAUCAAUUGGCAUAACCAAGAUGCAUAUUUAUAUCUUGUUCAUUAUGAUUGUAUCUGGGUUCCAAGCGAAAUUUCUCGAAAUUUAUAUUCAAAAAUAUUAUCAAACAGAAGAAUGUCCGUUAAAGGCUUUGAAAAUGAUGUAAAGAAGGUAGUAGGUUCAUCAUCAAUCUCGAAUCCUCUUUCUUGGAUUGCUGAAAUCAAUAAUUCAAAAGGUGCUUCUCAAACACCAGAAGUUUCAAUAUUUGAGAUGUUUUCGACAUUGGGAACUCAUAUGUUUAUUAAUCCCGUCGAAUACAACUUACUCCACGUUUCUGCUUCUCCUCAUCUCGGAAUUCAGCGACCAAUCCUUCGAGAUUACAUUCCAGCUAAUGUAUUUUCUAAUAAUGGAAGAUACUACUUGAGCCAGGCCGGUUCUAAGUCUAAUUUGCCUUAUUUCCAGUUAUCUCUUAAUAAAAAGGACAAAUUCGUCCCGUCAUCGAUCACUGUUGCAUCCAAUGAAUCAUUCCCUAUCAAUACUCCGCCCAAAGCAAAUUCGGUAAGGAAAACUUUGCAGAAAAAGGCUCCAAAAGAUAUCUGCAUUGAUUUCGCAAAUUCUGAUAAAUCAGUUGCUCAAAUUAACUGCUGUAUGAAACAGGGGAACAAUUUGUCUUUAGAUGCUGAUAAAUCAAUACAAAUUAAUAUAAAUGAACGCAUUGAAAUCAAUUCCGUUAGAAUUACUAUGACCUCGCCUUCAGAAUCAGGUUAUUGGAACUUUAGAUUAUCUGGAUUGGAUAUGAAAGGCAAGUUCCUCCCAUAA